UAAUGGGUUAAUUUCUAUCGUAACCAAUCACGCAAAAAAUACAUGACUCAUAGUCCAAUGGGAUUCUAUAAUGUCAUACUACGUCAAUGCAAGGUUAGUAUGUAAUAUAACAAGAUAGGUUGGAGACUUUAAAUGGAGGAUGCUCACAUAAUGAAAGUAGAUUUUAGAGAAGAUGUAUCGAUAUUUGCUGUUUUUGAUGGACAUGGUGGUGCUGGAAUUUCAAAUUAUUUGGCUGAGAAUUUUUUAGACGUUUUGGUUCAGCAACCUACAUUCGUUGGUGAAGAUUACACCUAAGCCUUGCAUGAUAGUUUUGUAUAGUUGGAUGAGAUGAUCAAAAAUAAUGUGGCUAAAAGUAAUCAUAUUAUUCCUAUAUUCAUUUUAGAUACUUUUAUUGGUUCAACAGCUGUAGUGGCCCUGGUAGUUUAGAAGACCUUGUAUGUUGCCAAUUUAGGAGACUCUCGUUGUCUUCUGAUGCGUGAUGAUGAAACUAUCGAGUUAACAAAAGAUCAUCUUCCUUGUAAUGAAUUAGCCAGGAUCAGAUUUGCAGGAGGAUUUGUGAAUGAAGAAGGCCGUCUCAAUGGAACACUCUCAGUCUCACGUGCUUUUGGCGAUUUCGAAUUCAAAUAAGAAUCAUUACCAGCCAAUUAGCAAAUGGUUAUUGCUGAACCUGAAAUAAGAAAGAUAAAAUUGAAUAAGGAUGAUAAGUAAAAUAUGCUGUCUAUGUCUAGAUUCUUAUUUCUCGGUUGUGAUGGAUUGUUCGAAACGAUGAAUAGUUAUAAAGUGAUGUAAUUCAUUGGAGAAAGAUUAGACAGGGGAAUGGAACCACCAUUAAUACUUGAAAAUUUGCUCGAUUCUUCUUUGGCAAUCGAUACUACUACUGGCUAUGGAUGUGACAACAUGACUGCUAUGCUAAUAUUGUUGCACAUCUGAAUGAUAUUCAAAUUAAAAUAAUACAACUAUCAAUAAAAU